AUGCUGCGGGACCAGGACACCGAGGCGGAUUUCCAGCGCUUCCUGCGCCGCGUGGACGAUGUCACCAAUUUGCUGCAAGACCUGAAGUCCCCGGACUCGGCUGUGCAGGAAAAAGCCAUUGCUGAGGUAGAGAAAAGGCUCCAAGAGCAAGGAGCCGGCAGGGAGGAGGAGGAGGAGGAGGAGGAGGAGAGCAGGACCACGGUGAACAGGACGCUCAUCAACACUUCUGGCACGGCGAGGGUGGAGGCAGCAGAUGCAGGUGGCUUCCUGGCAGCUCUGGAAAAGGAUGCCAAAGAGCGAGCCCAGCGGAGGAGGAGGAAUGAGCAGCUGGCAAACGCCCUGAAGGAGCAGGGGAACGAAGCCUUCAGGGCAGGAGACUUCGCCCUGGCCAUCCAGAGCUACUCAGAGGGGCUGGAGAAGCUGAGGGACAAGCAGGAGCUCUACACAAACAGGGCCCAGGCCUACCUGAAGCUGCAUGAGUAUGAGAAAGCCAUCAGUGACUGCGAGUGGGCACUAAAGUGCAAUAGGAACUGCCUCAAAGCCUAUUUCCUCAUGGGGAAAGCUCACCUGGCCCUGCAGCACUUUGCUGAGUCCAGGCAGUGCUAUGAGAAGAUGCUGCAGAUUGAUCCCCAGAAGGAAAAGCUGGUUAAAGCCUGUGUGGACGAGGCCAGGCUGGAGGAGAAGAGGCUGAGGGAUGAGGAGGGAGCAGCGAGGGAGGCCCAGGCUGGGAGUGCUGCUGCUUCUUCCAUCCAGGAAUUGCUGCAGAGGCUCAGCAGCCCCGGCCACGACAUCCUCUACUACACAGGGGGCAUCAGGCUCCUGGCAGAAGUUGUGAGCAGUUGCACUGGGCAAACGCUCUUCAGGACCAACAAAGGCUUCAGUAUCCUCAGCAAGGAGCCUGUCAGAGGGGCCUUCUGUGCCGAGGCCAAGAGCCCUGCUGAGGCGGAGCUCUGUGUGUCCCUCCUCGUGCUGUGGCGAGCUGCCUGCGCUGGGAACGAAGAAAAUCAGCGUCUCCUGUUGGCCCAGCCCGAAGUGAGUGCCCAGCUGCCAGAGCUGCUGUCCUGUGGCACAGCCCAGAUGCAGAGGGAGGCCCUGGCACUGAUCUCUCUCUACUCAGAGCACCAGAGCGGCCGGGGGCUGCUGGUCAGGCAGGACCUGAGCAGAUGGCUGCAUAUUUUGAUGGCAUUUGUCAAGUGCACUGAUGCAAGGGCUGAAAGUGCCAUGAACAUCCUGUCCGACUUAGCUGGGGAGGAAAGGUUCCAAACCCAGUGUCGGGCCAUGCUUUCCACGGAUGUUUUACCUUUAUUCACCCAGUUGCUGGUGUGCGCCGGGCAGGGGCAGCGGCUGGCACAGCUGGCUCGGGCCGUGGCCGCGCUGGGCAGCCUGUGUGCAGAUGUGGGGCUGCGGGCACAGCUGGCACGGAGCGGGCAGUGCUGGCAGGCCUGCCUGCAGCUGCUGGGUGAUGCCAGCACCCCUGGGUACCAGCAGUGCGUGUUUGCAGUGCUGGGGCUGAUGAUGAACCUGCUGCUGGAAUCCAACGGCACCAUCCAGGACUUUGCUGUGGCCAUCAGUGGCAGUUGCCUGGCUCUGCUCAACCAUCAGGAUGGAAAGAUUAUCACAAGAGCCCUUGGGGUGCUGAGCCGGGCCCUGCCCGCCUCGCCCGCCGCGGUGCAGGAAGCGGUGCAGGGAGGAGUGGUGAGGAAAAUGCUGAAAUUCCUGAAAGCUGGGGGCCGGCUCACAUCCAGCUACGCCAUCAAAACCCUGUCCGCCUGCACCCAGAGCAGCAGGAGAGCCCAGCAGGAGCUGCAGAAAUGGGAUAAAAGGUUCCAGGUGCUGCUGAGGCUGCUGGACUCGGGGGAUGAGCUGACCGUGGGGAACGCAGCCUUCAGCCUCGGCCAGUGCCUGCUCCUGCCCGGGGCUGCCUCCUCGCUGCUGGGCUCCAACGUGGUGCAGCUGCUGCUCAGGCACGCUGGGGGUGAUGCUCUCAGGACCUCGGUGCAGAAGAACUCAGCCAUUGCCCUGGCCAGGCUCUGUGUGGCUGAGCCAAGGCACAUGCAUCAGCUGAGGAAGCUCAAUGGCCUGGCCAUCCUGAACUCCUCCAUGAAAUACGUGCACAGCAGCUGAACUCCUCAGAAACCCUCCACAAGUGCCCUUCAUCUCACUUGGACUUGAGUUUUCUUUGCUUUAAUAAAAUUAAUUCAAAGCACAUCAGCUUCUCAGUGGCUUUUUGGAGUGGUUUUGGUCCCCCACAGAAGCCAGUGAAACAAUAUCAGGAGGAAGAAGUGUAUUUCUUAUCUCAGCUACCAGCUGAAAUACCACCUUGCAUUAGGCUGCCUUUGCUUUAAUAAUUGACAUAAAUUUAAUAAAUGGCCAUGAAUACA